UCUUAGUGACGUAAAACAUACAUUUAAAAAAAAACAGCGCGCGCUACAGCGUUGAUCCGAAAGAUGGCCUACUUGAGCUUCUUACGAGGCUUGUAAAGGGCAAGAAAGACUCGGGAAACAAUAGGCCGGCCUCCAUUCCAGUAGACGGCGCAGCGAGGAAAGACUGUAGCGACGGACUGGCACAGCCAGCGAGCCGAGGUCCGAGUCUGCACCGGCGGCAGAGCCUCUACUGGAGCGGUGGAAGACGAAUCGCGAAGAUUAUCCGUAUAAAACACACAUUUCCUGGCAGCGACGCGUUAGUGAAAGUCUGAACGCGGGCGAGUGUACUGAUAUCAAGCGGAGUCAAUUGGACUCUGCCUGGGCAUUCAGAUAUACUAUUCGUUGGAUUUCAUGCGCAGAACUGAGGAAUUGGACGGGUGCCUCGCUAUCGAUGUGAUAUGAUUCAGUUGCUGAUGGGAUGUAUUGUUGAAGUAAGGCGAGUGGCCCUUGUCAUCCAGCGCAUUGGUGUGGGCGCGUGAAGACAGCGUGGUCAGUAGUCUCCGCAUCCCGCACGAUAUUUGAUUUCUGAUGGGACACAGACGGGACUCUGUCCGGGGAGCCAGGCCGAACUAAAGACCCGCUUUUCGUCGCGAUUUAAGCGAUCAGGGAACCAGAAGCGCACCAAAUGCAAAACAGCCUGAGAGUUCUCCAUGGAUUUCAUCAAACUGACGACCCUGUGGAUUGUAUGCCUGUGCCUGGCGGGGGAGUGUCAAGCGGACAAGCCGGGCCAAGUUCACUCUCAGCCGCCGCACGUCGAUGACGCGCCGUCAGAGCUGUGUCGUAUUGAGGAGGUUCUGUGUCAGGAUGAGAACACGGUCCUGAGCUUCGAGGCGAUCCGCAGCAUCCACAAGCAGAUGGACGACGACGCCAACGGCAACGUGGACGUGUCCGAAACAGACGGGUUCCUGGAGGACCUGAAAUACCACGACCCCAGGGCCAAACACAACAGCUUCCACGGGGCCGACCUGCUCAUCAGCGUGGAGGACAUGUGGAACGCCUGGAGGACAUCUGAGGUGUUUAACUGGACGGUGGAGGAGGUGGUGGAUUGGCUCACAGGCUGUGUGUGUGUGUGUGUGUGUGUGUGUGUGUCAGUGUUUAACUGGACGGUGGAGGAGGUGGUGGAUUGGCUCACAGGCUAUGUGGAGCUGCCGCAGUAUGAGGAGGGCAUCAAGAAACUCAGCCUCAACGGGAGCGCUAUGCCCAGGCUGGCUGUGAAGAACAACACCCUCACCAUGUCCCUCCUAAAGAUCGUGGACCGGAGCCACGCCCAGAAGCUGAUGCUCAAGGCCAUGGACACGGUCCUGUUCGGACCCCCUCUCAUGAACAGGCACAGCCACCUGAAGGACUUCCUGCUGGUGGUUUCCAUAGUGAUCGGGGUUGGCGGCUGCUGGUUCGCCUUCAUGCAGAACCGCCACUCCAAGGACCACAUGGGCAAGAUGAUGAAGGACCUGGAGUGCCUGCAGAGGGCAGAGCAGAGCCUGCACGACAUGCAACAGAAGCUGCAGCAGGCCCAGGAGGAGCACCGCUCGGUGGAGGUGGAGAAGGUGACUCUGGAGCAGCAGCUGAGGGACGAGAUCAACGCCUCCAAGCAGGAGGCGCAGCGCCUCCGUGAGCUGCGGGAGGGCACGGCGAACGAGCUGAGCCGCCAGAAAUACGCCGAGGAGGAGCUGGAGCAGGUGCGCAUGGCUCUGAGGAAGGCGGAGAAGGAGCUGGAGUCUCGCAGUAUCUGGUCACCCCCAGAGUCCCUGCAGAAGUGGCUGCAGCUCACGCACGAGGUGGAGGUGCAGUACUACAACGUCAAGAAGCAGAGCGCAGAGCGCCAACUGCAGCUGGCCAAGGAGGGGGCAGAGAAGAUAAAGAAGAAAAGGAACACUCUGUUUGGGACCUUCCACGUGGCUCACAGCUCCUCACUGGAUGAUGUGGAUCAUAAAAUCCUGACGGCCAAGCAGGCCCUGGGGGAGGUGACGGCGGCCCUGCGGGAGAAGCUGCACCGCUGGCAGCAGAUGGAGGCUCUGACGGGCUUCACGCUGGUCAGUAACCCCGGCCUGCCCUCGCUGGCCUCGGCGCUGGACCUGGACCCCAGCUUCAUGGGGGCCCGCGCGCUGCCCCAGCACCUCAUCUUCUCCGACGACAUGGACGACAUGGACGAGGACAUCAUGUCCCCCGGGACUCUGCAGUACGCGGCCUGGCAGAUGGACCGGCGAGUCAGCGACCUGUGGCCCAUGGCCUCCGAAAGUCUGUCGCCGUGGAAACAGUCCGCCCCCAGUCUGAUGUCUCUGCGGCAGCGUCACCUGGACCCCCCGCUCUCGGGCGGGGUCUCUCAGAGGGACCUGAACCGCUCGGACUCUGACUCCUCCCUCUCCCUCUCGCACUCGGCCGAUCAGCUCCGCCUCUCCGCCUCCUUCGGCCCCCGGGGCCACGGCCCCGCGCCCAAGCCCGCCUCCCUCCUGCUCGGCCACGCCCCCAACGGCGGGAGCCGCCUCCCGCGCGAGGCCGGGGCCGACAGCCCCCUGAUGAUGAAGAAGGUCUUCGGCAUCGAGAAGUCGGCCAGCCUGGGGGAGAUCAACACCGGCCUGGCGGGCCUCUGCCAAUCGGAGUCCUCCCGCUCCCUAAGCCCCUCCUCCACCGACGCAGACACGCCCUCGCCCAUGGGCCCCGUCGCCCGCGGCAACGGCAGCCGCAUCCCCCACUUCUCGGCCAAGAAGAGCCCCCUGGAGGAGGACAGCGGAUCGACGGGCGACGACACGGACUCUAUCGCCUCCCGCAGGAAGCACACCUUCAAGAUCUUCAAGAAGCAGAGGAAGUGAAGCCGCACGCACUUAAACACACACCCACACACUCACAGACACACACUCACAGACACACACACACACA